AUGAGUGAAGCAAGAGCUACGUACGGCUAUGUCGACCCAAAUUUCGUCAACCCUGGCGGAAAAUGGGACACACCAGUCAUUAUCUAUGGCUACACCCCAUCCUUUGUUCUGACAGUUCUCGCCGACGUCCUCUUCUUCCUCCUUCUCAUCGUCCACACGUGGCAGAUCAUCCGAUACCGCAGUUGGUACUUCGUCACCUUCCCAAUCGGCCUUUUGUUCGAAAUCGUCGGUUACGUGGCCCGCUCUCUCUCCGCCAAAGCGAACCCGUAUAACCUCAUCUACUUCAUCCUCAACUACUUCUUCAUCGUCACGGCACCAGUAUUCCUCGCAGCCGGCAUCUACACUAUUCUAUCCGCACUCAUCAACCGCCUCGGGCGACGGUUCUCGCCUUUACCGCCUAAAGUGGUCUUGUGGUUCUUCAUCACCUCGGAUGCCAUCGCAACCAUCACGCAGAUCUCUGGCGCCGCAUUGAUUGGAGUCAAGCAAUCGCGCCGCGAAGACCCCACGACAGCUAACAAUAUCUUGCUUGGAGGACUUGCCUACCAGGUCUUCUCAAUCGGAUGCUUCGUCAUCACCACGUCCAUAUUCCUCUUCCGAGCUCGAACAGCAAUCAGAGAGCACAAGCUCACGACGUUCGUGGCUGUAUUUUCGGCGGCGACAUUGCUGAUUUACUUGCGUACCUGCUUCCGCCUUGCGGAGACUGCGGAGGGACUUGGUGGAUAUCUCUAUUCGAAUGAGGUUUUCUUUGGCGUGCUUGAGUUCGCGCCCGUGGUGUUGGCGGUGAUAUUGCUUUCUAUCUGGCACCCCGGGAGAUGUGUGGCAAAGAAGGUCUCCAGUGGCGUUGAUGAUGCAGAAAAGGCCAGAGUACGCAGUCAUGAGUCUAUUCACAAAUAG